UAUAAUUUAUAUUUUAAUUUAAUAAUGUCAAAGCUAUAAUCUUAGCAACCACGUGCACCUCCAAAUUCACCACAAAUAUCAGUGAUGGUGUUUCUUCUUCUCUCCUAAAACCCCACGCGGUUACGCAUCGGAAGCGCAAGAAGUGUAUCGCUCAACCGCGCGAGGAGGAGCGGGAGGAGCAGCGCCAGCCUCCUUUCCCCUUUCCAAUUAACGAGGAAACCCAAACGAAGAUGCGAAGCCUAAAAGCCCUAGCGUUGGCUAGGCGGUCCCAACCCGCCUUGCGCCUUCUCUCCAACCCCCGUACCCUCUCCACCCAACCCAGCGCCGCCCAAGAUGACCCUCUCCACAACGAAGUACUCGUGGAGGGCAAGGCGAGCGCAAGGGCAGCGAUCCUUAACAGGCCAUCUUCUCUGAAUGCUCUCACGACGAACAUGGCGCGUCGGUUGAAGAAGCUGUAUGAGUCGUGGGAAGAUAAUCCUGAUAUCGGGUUUGUCAUAAUGAAGGGCAGUGGCAGAGCAUUCUGUGCCGGGGGAGAUGUUGUCACCCUGUACCGAUUGCUCAAUGAAGGGAAGGUUGAAGAUUGCAAGGAUUUUUUCAGGAAUCUAUAUAUGUUCAUUUACAUUUUAGGCACAUAUUUGAAGCCUCAUGUUGCCAUUUUAGAUGGUGUUACCAUGGGGGGUGGAGCAGGAGUUUCAGUUCCUGGGGCAUUUCGUAUUGCAACUGAUAAGACUAUCUUCGCCACUCCCGAAACUCAAAUUGGCUUUCAUCCUGAUGCUGGGGCUUCCUUUUACCUGUCACAUCUAACUGGUCAUGUAGGGGAAUAUCUGGCUCUAACUGGUGAAAGGCUCAAUGGGAUAGACAUGCUUGCAGUUGGCCUUGCUACUCAUUAUUCAAUGAGUGCUAGGCUUAAUUGGAUUGAUGAGAGGCUUGCUAAGUUGGUUACUGAUGAUCCUUCUGUCAUAGACUCUUCUCUUGCACAAUAUGGUGAUAUCGUGUAUCCAGAUAAAAAGAGCAUUUUUCACAGGCUAGAGGUCAUCGAUAAAUGUUUUGGCCGUGAUACGGUUGAGGAAAUUGUGGAUGCUUUGGAAAGUGAGGCAGCUAGAUUAAAUCAGGAUUGGUGUACAUCUGCACUUAAGAAACUCAAAGAAGCUUCUCCUUUGAGUUUAAAAGUUACCCUGAGAUCUAUACGGGAAGGUAGAUUUCAGACUCUGGAUGAAUGCCUUGUUCGUGAAUAUCGUAUGUCUCUUCAUGGUAUCUCGAAACAGUUUUCUCAUGAAUUCUGUGAGGGUGUUCGAGCACAAUUAGUUGAUAAAGACUUGGCUCCAAAGUGGGAUCCUCCGACUCUGGAACAAGUUCCACAUGACAUGGUUGACUACUACUUCUCACCUCUUGGUGAGUUCGAGCCUGAACUAAAGCUACCCACCCAUCUGCGAGAAGCUUUUAUCUAAUUGUAGGUGGUGGACGUUGGCUCGUCAUACAUCUCCUUGCGGAGUUGGGAGCAGAUAAUUUUUUUUUCAGUGUCAGUUCAGAAAAUGUUGUAUUAUAACCACACUGCUGUGCUGAUGACAAUCUUGAUCCUUAAGAUAUAGUUGGCAUCAGAGCAUUAUCAUUAUUAGAUUUCAGCAUGUGCAGAGGCAUGGUUUACACAAGGGGCAUUUGAUGGCUGCCUGUGAUCCCAUCAAUUAAGAUCUUUUUGCAGUAGAUUUGAUAAUUACAAUCCAAUUUUAGUUUCUACCUCUUUUAUGGUCAUUUAUUAGGGAGGAGUGUAUGUUGGGCCUGUCUCUAAUGCUUUGUAUUGGGAUAUAUUGAUGCAUGGCCCAAGGGAUGGGUCUCAUCACCUUGUAGGCAGAGGCUCUAAGGAAUUUGCUCAUAAUAUUGUUAAUUUUUCUGCAUGAAUUUCCAAGCA